AUUAUAGCAAAGACAAUUAUUGCGGUCACAGCUUCUGUGAACAAAGAAAAAAUACUUCAAGGCCAUUGUUCUCAUUUUGUGGCCACACGUGUCGUGAGCUCUUAAACUUGAUUACUAGUUUCAUCUGCUGUCGUUUUUACCUAUUUCAACUUAAAAGGACAAAUCAAUGACGAAAACCGUCUUGGCUUUUGUCGAACAAAUAUGGAUCCCUUUCUCGGUUUCCUUGUUUGUUCUUUUCGUUGCUUGUUGACCUCAAAGUCAAGCUUAUCCAAAUGACGUAAAAGAAAAAUUGCAAUCUACCAUCCAAAAUCAGUAAGGUUGCGGUCUCCACGAUUAUUAGAACUACAGUUGUAUUCUGAUCUGAGUCUAUCAGUGAAACGAUUUGUCUUAGUCUUUUAUUUCCUCUUGCUUCAUAAAUGACGCUCUCCUCCGCAGGGGCUCCCACUGGGUAAUUAGCAAUGUAGUAGUUAUAAAUAGUAAUCGCGCGUUGGACGUGGGAAGAGGAAAAGGGUGGGUGCCUCUUGACUCUCCCGCUCUUUUCCCUUCCCAUCGUUCCCCUCGAUCUUUCAUUUUCCCUCCUUACGGCACGAAAAGGCCUCUGCUGAGGAGAAAGUCAUAAAUGGUUAACUUGCUUCUAACCUCAAGUACAAUUAAAUCAUCUGACGGUAUCCACUCCGUUUGUUUCCGCAGUUUGUCCAAAAGAGGCUGAAGCGCUGGCUGUCAUCCUUGGUGUUGUCGGAGGAGUACUGGGUGUGGGUCUAGCCCUGCUCCUUAUUUGGAAACUACUCGCUACUAUUCAGGUGGGCAAUUAGCAUCAGUGUAGCAUGUUUACCGCGAUCAAACGAGAGGAAUUUGCAAAAUCUAAGCGAAGCACCUCAAAGCUAAGGUUGCUACUUUCAUCGUCAAAAGUUUAAGGUAUUUCCAACCCGCUGUUGGUUUACGUAACUUUUCAAAAGGUUACUAAAAAAAGUUUUAAGUGUUUGAAAACUGAAACUGGUUUUAUUGUCGACGUCAUUUUCCAGCAUGAUUUUCUUUUAGCGCAAAGCGUUGUCAACGAAAAAAAGCUGAAAUUUUUGAGAAAAGUGAAAAGGUACUUACGUCAACGAACUGAUUUAUACAUCUUUGCUAAUUUUUUCACUUACUGAUAAAUGAAGUCCCAGUAAUUAACAUAAAUAACGACCUUUUAGACGUUUGACCCGGGUGGAAUUAGCAUAAACUUGACAGAAUUGGGAUGUAGCCGUUUCUGUUUGUCUUAACACCUGGAUGAUAUAUCUGUCAUUUUAAUUUAAGCCUCGUACUCACAGCUUUUUUGGUAUUUCUUUUCCAGGACCGUAGAGAAUUCGCCAAAUUUGAAAAGGAAAGACAGAAUGCCCAGUGGGAUACGGUAAGAGGGGAACCCGGGCUGACUUGCCUAGAACGGUUGACAUUGCGAAUUAAAAAGGUGGCUUCCCUAGAAGGCUGUCCUGAGAAUCUCCCUUGAAGAAAGUUCACGCCUCUAGCAUGCAAACGCUUCAAAGCGAUUUCUUAAGCAAGUUUUGCGUUUGAAAAGUUGGCUCUCUCAGGGAAGCUCGAUAACUGACCUUCCCUGUCACUAAGAAACGCCGUAAGUUGAGAUUUGACAAUUAAAACGGAUGCUCUGUUGUUCAGUCGUUCUUAAGGUCGCUGUGUUCCUUAAACUUGCUGCAUUUUCGUUGCAGGGCGAGAACCCAAUCUUCAAACAAGCAACAACAACUUUCCAAAACCCCACAUACGGUGGAAAAUAGCGGACGGAUAUCCUUAAAACCCAGGAUAUUGUGAAGCUCUUCAAAACCACGUGCGUUUGGUGGGCUAUCUUGAAAGAAGUUUUGAGACUGAUGCCCAGUUUUAUUUCUUCUUUCCUUUACGACCCCAAAGCAUUUGUGUGUAGGCAAUGACUGAGGAAGUAUGAUAUAGAUAGUAAAGGAAGCUGCAGAUUCUAUAAAAACAGGCAGAGAAUAAGGUUUGUUAGUCAGGGGAGGCAAAACGUGAAUGGACCGCCUGUAUACACAUGGCACAGAUCGGGUAGAAAAGAAAACACAAGCGACUUAUUCGCAAAGUGCGGGAAACUCUCAGAACUGGUUGUUUAAUUGGCUAACGAAACGAUAGAUAUACAGUAAACUGCUGCUUAUGAUCGCUGGGCUUACACAUCUCCGUACGGGGUUUUAAACGGAGGGGCUUUAAUAUCCGAGGUCGGGCUAUUGGCCACUUUGGGGUUGCGCGGAACUUGGGGUCGAAAUGGUUGUCAAGUGCACUGUGGGACUGUUUUGGGGGACGCAUUUUCAACGUGGCGGCAAAUUUGUCCCCCAAAACAGUCCCACAAUGCACUUUGAUAACCAUCUCGACCCGAUCUUCCGCGCAACCUCAAAGUGGCGAAUAACUGGAAGAGAAAACAGGUGCUUAGGAACAAGCUAUAGCAGUGCUGGUCAAAAUACCUUUUGCACUGAUUUACUGGUUUUUAAAUUAAUCCUCGAAACGUCAAAAUAAAUCGUAGAGGGUGCUUAUAAUUCGAGCUAGAGGGGGGCUUGUAAUCGGAUGUAUUUUUUGUUGUUGUUUACAGGUUGGAGGGCCCUUAAUUUGGCGGGGGGAGGGGGAGGGGAUUAUAAGCGACAGUUUACGGUAUGACCUAAACAUGUAUUGUCGAAGGCCAAUGAAAAGAGAGUUUUCUAAGUUAUUCGUAGCCCUAGUAAUGCGCCAACUUCCAUGGUGAUCGUGGAAAAGCCUUCCCCAUUUCUUAACCUAAAACUCCAUACUGCUUUUUAUUAUUAUCAUUAUCAUUUAAAUUCCGCCCUUUGUUCGUAGAAAAAAAAAAUGGAUCCGCACUUAAAUGAAGCGUUGAACUUAAACUCCUUCCCUUCCCCCGGUGGAAAGCCAAGUUCGUUAUUUUACGGCUUUUAUUAUUUACAGAGUAAAUUUCAUUGCGCACGAAUGUCAACGGUUACAAAGUUUUGCUGUGUUGAGAAACCGUUAAUUUUUAGCUAGAAGCUUCUAGUUUUAAUUUUAUAGAAUGUAACAGUUUUUUACACCAAAUGAUAAUUGUUGGCUAUAGUUAUAUUGUUUACCUUAGUUUAGGGUUCUGCUGAAUGUAUUAGAUGCUUUCUCGUUUUCUAUGUGCCGUCUCGCGUCUGCUUGUAAAUUCGUCGCGUUGUGCAUAUUGCCAAUAGUCGAGGCGUUAUUAAAGAGAGCUGUAAAAUAAUCCGUUUCUUUGUUCAGAGCAAAUUUUUUAACUGUUUAUAGCUUCGUCCUUUUUUACUUGUCAUGUUAUUUUCUCGUACAAAGAGUAACAAUUCACUACAGAAUCUUGAUUUUAUCUACUGAGCUAAUAAACCCAAACUUCUACCG